GAAAAUCUAUGUAACAUAUGUAGCUCUUAAGAUUUUGAUUGUUUACUUUAGUUAAUUAACAAUUUAUAAUUUAAAUUUGUUUAGGUCGUCAGUUUUAAGAGUCGAUCAAGCUUAGUUCACCAUAAUCAAUCCUUUCCGAAUUGAUUUUCAGUGAAUUUGUUAGCUGUUACUCAUUGAUAUCUUGGUGGACUUGACAUCUAUCAGCUAUAUUAACACAUCAUCUUAGCAAAUCUCGUAAUCAACCUACUGUUAUUCCAAGUUUUCGGAUAAUCAAUAAUUUUUCACCCUUUUUCGAAUGCUAUAAUUUAUUUUGUUUUGGUGUAGCUGACCAAUUUGAUCUUCUGCGUGCUACUCCAACCCUUGAUUGUCCUAAGAUCUAACAGUUUAUCUUACCGAUAGUCAUCUCGUUAUUAUCUAACUUUACAUUCUAAUCAAUUAGUUUUUUGGAAUUAUUACUCAAUACUGUUAAUAAUUCAUCAUGUCAUUUCUGACUCAACGUCCCUCGCCAAUGUUCAUCUUCUCAUUGGUCUUGGUAUCUUAUUUUCUUGUUUGUGCCGGUAUUAUAUAUGAUGUUAUCGUUGAACCUCCAUCAAUUGGAUCAACUGUCGAUGAAUAUGGACACAGUCGUCCAGUAGCUUUCAUGCCUUACAGAGUCAAUGCACAGUAUAUUAUUGAAGGUUUAGCAGCAAGCUUCUUCUUUACCGUUGGUGGACUUGGUUUCAUUAUUCUUGACCAAACACAUAAUCCAACAACACCUAAAUUUAGUAGGAUUUUCUUAAUUUCAAUUGGUUUUCUCUGUGUCACUAUAUCAUUCAUUGUUACUUAUAUUUUCAUGAAAAUGAAACUUCCGGGAUAUCUACAGUAAAAAUACAAAGGAAACAUGAAAGCCGCCUUCUACUUUAAAUAUUUUUCUUAAUUAUUGGUUGUAAUAUUUAUUGGGCAUAACUUUUUGAUGUUAUUAAAUCCAAUAUGAGUUUUGAUACA